UGCCCAACUAUUCUAGUCAGUACGACAGUAAAUAUCGCGGCUAGUCCAAACAGUUCGGUAGAGUGUAUAGCUCGCACAAUUAGGGAGAUUCCAGCAGGGACGCUACGCAAUCAUCGGGUGACGGAAUCAUUGCGCGCCGGUCCUUUCCACCACCGCCGCUGCCGCCACCAUGGAAUCCAACAGGGACGAGGCGGAGCGCUGUAUUGCUAUCGCGGUAGCCGCCAUCAAGGCCAACCAGACUGAAAAAGCGCGUCGUUUUUUGGAGAAAGCACAGCACCUCUACCCGUCUCAACGGGUUCGCGGGCUGCUUGAUUCUCUCACCAAGAGUGAAAAAUCAUCAAAUGGCCAUUCCCAGCCCAAGGAAUCCACAAAUCCUAACCUUAGAAAAAUGAGUGGGGACUUCCCUUCAGCCAAUGGAGAGGCAGGUGGGGAUAUCAGUAAAGGUUACACUCAAGAUCAGGUAGAUGCAGUUAAGAGGGUAAAACAAUGUAAAGACUAUUAUGAGAUUCUGGGUGUGAGCAGAGAUGCCUCCGAUGAGGACCUGAAAAAGUCGUACCGGAAAUUAGCGCUAAAAUUUCACCCUGAUAAGAAUCAUGCGCCAGGUGCAACGGAGGCCUUUAAAGCCAUUGGUAAUGCAUACGCAGUAUUGAGUAACCCAGAGAAGAGGAAGCAGUACAACCAGUUUGGAGAUGCAAAAGUCAGUCCCACACGCCAUGGGCACAGCCCUACAGACUUCAACCGAGGGUUUGAGGCCGACAUCUCUCCUGAAGAUCUCUUCAAUAUGUUCUUUGGUGGUGGUUUUCCUUCUAGUAACGUCCAUGUAUAUAGCAACGGCAGGAUGCGAUAUACCUACCACCAGAGGCAAGACAGACGAGAACAUCAAGGCGAUGGUGGCCUUGGGCUGUUUGUCCAGCUGAUGCCUAUUCUCAUCCUCAUCAUUGUUUCUGCUCUCAGCCAGAUGAUGGUCUCCAGUCCGCCUUACAGUUUGAGUCACAGACCGUCUGUCGGCCAUAUAUACAAGAGAAUGACUGAGCAUUUGAAAGUAGCUUAUUAUGUAGCUGACAACUUUGCAGAAGAAUAUACUGGGACAAAUCUGAAAAAUGUGGAGAGGAGUGUGGAAGACGAUUAUAUUGCAAAUCUCAGGAAUAAUUGUUGGAAGGAAAAACAACAGAAGGAAGGCUUACUGUACCGGGCACGCUACUUUGGAGAUUCAGACCUGUAUCAGAGAGCACAGAAGAUGGGCACGCCAAGCUGCAGCAGACUUUCUGAGGUUCAGGCAUCUGUGCAUGGAUAGCUGUUGCAGAAACAGUCCAUAGAGAUCUAAGUAAGAGCUGACUCUUCAGAUGCUUGAAGACUUCAGGGGAAGUGCACUGAGCCAAGGAGACAGACUUUCUAUUUAAAGAAUCAGACCUUAAAUUAAAAUGGAAUUGGAGAAUUAACAACGCACAACUGCCCGCUCCUCUCUCUCUGUGUCUGUCCAGCAUUAGACUUGGACGUCUUUUUUUCUUUCCAUCACUAUCAACUGUCCUGUGUCUCUUUAAGGAUCAGCGGUUCUGAGAGUGUUGAGUUGUUUUUUAUUUAAAAGCCUUCAGAAAACCAGAUAGCAUCUGCAAUUGCACUGGCCACUUUGAAGAGAAGGGGAGAAAUGGAAAGAUCUGCAGGAGUAAAAAAAGAAAAUAAUUUUAAAAAGCAAGAUAAAUUAUUUAGAAUUAACAUAGCUGUAAAUAUGUUGUACUUCUAAACUAUGCAGGGAUAGAAUUAAAUUAUUUCAUUAUUUUGUUGAACUUCAUAAGCCCAGGAUGUGUGAAUUUUAAUCUUUUCUCUUUUAUCUUCCCCCCUUUCUUUGUUUGACCCUACGAAACCUUUCCUACGUAAGGAAACCUUGUCUGACGACACAAACGUUUUGUAUUUUUUAAUGGCUUAGUUUUUCUGGAGUUGUUCCCUCUUUUUAUAUAAAAGAAUCACUAAACUCAAUAGGGAUAUUUUCUAUAUGCAAAUGUUGGCCCAGUUUUGGAUUUGUGGUCUAAAUCAGUGGCCUCUCAACAGUGCUUGAUCCUCAUAGAACAAGGAGAGAGAAUUGCCCCUUCUGCUUCACUGAGGUUCCUUGUGCAUUUGUGUGAAGUCCCUGUAUUUUCUGCCUUUCAAUCAGUGUUCAUUCUUGUACACAGAGGUUUCCACAAAAUAAGUCCUUUUGGUUGUCUUUUCCCAUAUAUUGAUCUUAAUCUCACAGCGCUACCAAGUUGUAAGCAAAGAUGCCUUUCCUUUACAAACAGUGAAUGCCAAUUUCAUUUUGGGAACUUGGUAUCAAUCAACAUGACCACCAAAAUGGGUGGUCCUGAUGCCCAACCCCCGUUCAUUUUGGUGGGGCUUUGGUAGCACAGAGUGCACAGCAGCCACGUUCGUUGGCUUUUAUCCUUUAUCAGCUUCUUCAAGAGAACAGGGUCUUUUUAUCAGACGAGGCUUUGCUCUUACCUUUGAGCACGUUAAGAGGGAAAUAGUAAUAUUCCUGUUACAUGACUGGGCUGUACAGUCCGUGUUCCACUAGAAAAAAAAUAAUUUCAACCCAUUUCCUUAGUGAUGUCCAUCCUGUUAGAAGCAGAUACAAUGUUAUCAGAGCAGCCUUAAAGAUACUUCAACAGCUGAGCCAUAAUCCAGAGUAGUGACAGGUUAAUAACACUCAGUUUUGAUAAUUCUAGAUGUCCUGAAGUAGUGAUGACCUGCAGGAACAAAGGAUCUGAUAUGUGCUCCUGCCCUUGCACUGGCUCCUCCAUUCACAUCAGUGGAGGAAGGGUAUCAUGCAUUCCUCUUGCAUGCAGAGACCUCCCUCUACUGUGGAAGUAAAAAGGGGCUCUGGAUCAGGGCAAAUGUGUUAAGAGAAUACUUAGUUACGCUGGGUUACCUUUGACCACACCAGCUAGAUUCCUUUCUGUUUUGCUGUUAUUUUCAUCCAGAGACAUUUUCUAUACAGAGUUUUCAAAAUGUCUUCUGCAAGUUUCACUGUUCAGAAUGUAAUACAAGAUUAGGAGUAACUGAUAAGGUUCUUUUACUCAGGCUGUUCCUUUGCAAUUGACAAAGUGGAUAUUCAUUUAACACAAGUCAGAGUUUGCCUUUUAAUCGGUCUCCUUACUUGUCACAUGUUUACCUACAUUGAAGGACAAAUUCACUUGGUGCAUACUUAAAGCUACAAGAAAAUCUCCCCAUCCCACAUUGUUCUGUGAUGGCAGACUUGGGCCGUGUUGUUGUCUAAAACCUCAGCCCUAUUAAUGAACCUGCAGUGAUCCCCUAAGCUCCAACUCUGCUUUUGGCAGGUCACCCAUUCAGCAUGAAGUUGCCGACAUCUUGGAAGACGGCAUUGGCAAUUCCAGUGCCCACCUGUCCAAACUUUUGAUUUCUUAAGUAGAUAGCCAUGGAUGGAAUGAACAAUGUGCAAUAAAAAGCAUAAAUCCUGAAAGAUACUUGCAAAGGCUGUAUUUGUUAAUUUAGAAUUAAUUAUACAAUUGUACAUCUAUAAAUAAAGAUUUAUAACAUGAAA